GCCUUUUGGGAUCACUGCGGCCAAGCAGAAUGGAUUGGUUUCACUGCAACCGGUGUUUCCGAAAAGAUGGGGCCCAUUUCUUUGUCACCAGCUGUGGCCAUAUUUUCUGUAAAAAGUGUGUGACUCUGGAAAAAUGUGCUGUUUGUGGAACUGCCUGCAAGUAUCUGGCUCUUUCUGAUAAUCUGAAACCUCAGGAGAAGAUGUACUUCAAAAGCCCUGUGGAUACAGCUUUGCAGUAUUUUAGUCACAUCUCUCAGGUGUGGAGUUUCCAGAAGAAGCAAACAGAUCUCCUCAUCGCCUUUUAUAAGCAUAGAAUUACCAAGUUAGAAGCUGCCAUGCAGGAGGCACAGCAAACGCUGACUAACCAGGACAAAGAGCUGUCAGUCUUAAGGAAAGAGAAUGGAGAACUGAAGAAAUUGCUUGCCAUCAUAAAGGAAUCUCCAAGUUGGUACCAAGGAAGCAGGUCAACCACACCUCGACCAGUGGGCAUUACUUCUCCAUCACAGUCAGUUACUCCACGACCCAGUUCUCAGCAUAGCAGCCAAGUGGUCAGUCGGUCCUCCUCAGUGGAGUCUGUCCCUUAUAGAGUGGCUGGCUUUAGUAACUUGGGACAGGGAGCCAGAGCGCUGCAGGGAAGGAGCACUCCAAGAGACUCUUUUACUGAAACCCCUUCACCAGCUUCCACUCACAGCCUAUCUUAUAGACCUUCAUCUACCUCCUCCGGACAGGGGAUUUUUUCUUUCAGACCAUCCCUAAGUGGUGGGGAUUCAGGUCAAGCAGGAGUCCUCACCCCCAAUAAUUCAGGUCAGAGGGAGAGCAGAACCACACUAGAGGGUCUUCCUGGUUUCCAGCUACCAGCCCUACAGAAUCUCUACCAACAGAGGCAGAUGGGAUUAGCCAGGGGGAGAGAAGCAUGGAACACUCCCAGAUAGACCAUCUUCAAGAUCUGAUCUAUACAUACUGCUGAAGGACGGACGGUAGCAUCUCAUACUCAUUUAGGUGUGAUGGCCUUGGAAAAUGUACCCCUACCUUGUUUCCUGGUUUCACUCUGUACCUUCUCUCUCUCAAUCUUAACCCUAUACACCCUGUAUUACUUCCUACGAAAAUGGUCAGGUCAGAGCUUCAGGAAGAUGUUUAUAUCUCUCCUACAAGAUACAGAUAGCUCCCUUAUUUCCUGCAACUUGAAACAAGGUUAUAAAAACAAUUCUUGGCAUCAUUGGGGGUGGGGGGUGGGGUGAUAUACUUAUUAACCAUGUUUUAUUUCUGGAUUUCACUUUUUAGCUUUGGAUAUAUUCUCCCACUGCCGAUGUUAACAAGCCACAACACUGUUCCUUGCCCUAAUUUAUUAUACUUUUUCUAUUUGCCUAUUGUUUCCUCUGUGCCUAGUUACUAUUAAAUACGUUGAUUUUCCUUUCUGUUUGGUAACGGUUGGAGACACAGGCUUACUAAAGUACACAGAUAA